AUGAUACUGGUAAGUAACGUUUUUGUUGACUUCGGGGAGUAUGAUGUUGAUGAUGAUGAUGAUGAUGAUGAUGAUGAUGAUGAUGAUGAUGAGAAUGAGGACGGUAACGGUGUAGAAUGCGUAUUGAAAGCGUGUUUCACUCCCAUGUCGCCUGCAUCUCAGCAACACGCCACCCCGUUGCAUUGCCGCCACGACCUCCACCAUCACCACAAGCUCCGAAUGCUAUCCACACUUACCACUUGA